AUGGAACUGCCCCAGAACACCAGCGCGGCCCCCCUCAACGGGUCCCGCGUCGCUCUGCUCUCCUCCUCCUCCCCGCUGCUGCACCCGCCGGCCUCCGCCGCUUAUUCCGCGGCCGCUGUGGCCUGCUUAGCCGCCGUGGUGGGCUUCCUGAUCGUCUUCACCAUCGUCGGCAAUGUGCUGGUGGUGAUCGCCGUCUUGACGAGCAGAGCCCUCCGAGCCCCCCAGAACCUCUUCCUUGUCUCCUUGGCCAGCGCUGACAUCUUGGUGGCCGCCUUGGUCAUGCCUUUUUCUUUGGCCAACGAACUCAUGGGUGACUGGUACUUUGGCAAGGCCUGGUGCAACAUCUACCUGGCCCUGGAUGUCUUGUUCUGCACUUCCUCCAUCGUGCACCUCUGCGCCAUCAGCCUGGACAGGUACUGGUCUGUCACUCAGGCGGUAGAGUACAACCACAAGCGGACCCCUCGGCGGAUUAAGGGGGUCAUCCUGCUUGUCUGGCUGAUUUCCGCCGUCAUCUCCUCCCCACCUUUGAUCUCCAAGUACUGGGAGGUCGAUGGGGAGGCCCCGUCGAAAUGCAAGCUCAACGACGAGACGUGGUACAUCCUCUCUUCUUGCAUCGGCUCCUUCUUUGCCCCGUGCCUGAUCAUGGUGCUGGUCUACGUUCGCAUCUACCGGGUGGCCAAGUUAAGGACCAGGACCCUCUCCGAGAAGCGACCAGAGCCAGACGGCCCCUCGCCCACCGAGAACGGGUUGACCCGAGCCGGCCGGGGCUUCACCUCGUUGAAGAGGCAGCCGAGGGAGAAUGGGCAGUUCUCAAGCCUCCGCUGGUGGAAAGCUUCGGAGCUGGAGGAUAUUGAGCUGGAAGAGAGCAGCCCUUUGGAGAGCAGGCGCCGGCGGAGCCGAGAGGAGGCCCGGGCCAAAGCCAAGAAGAGGCACUCUUCCUCCUCCUUCUCCUCCUCCAAGCAGUCCAGCAGCCGCCUCUCCCGCUCCAGCAGCCGCUCCAUCGAGUUUUUUGCCUCCCACCGCAGAAAACGCGGCAGCAUCUGUCAAAAGUCGGCCAGCCAAGCCCGGGAGAAGCGUUUCACCUUCGUCCUGGCCGUGGUCAUGGGGGUCUUCGUGGUCUGCUGGUCCCCUUUCUUCUUCAGCUACAGCCUGUACGGCAUCUGCCGAGAGGCCUGCGAGGUCCCGGAGACGCUGUUCAAGUUCUUCUUCUGGAUUGGCUACUGCAACAGUUCCCUCAACCCCGUCAUCUACACCAUCUUCAACCAGGAUUUCCGCAGAUCUUUCCAGCACAUCAUCUUCGGGAGGAGGAAGAAGGAUCAAACGAAACUUUUCUCCUUGCAUUGACUUUGGGGUGCAGGGGAGGCGGGAAGGGGCAAAGGCGGGGACAGUAGAGGGUGAACUGAGGUGGGUCUAGACGCAAAGAGACCUUUAAGCCACGGAGAGGGCAGCCAGCUGUGCCUGCACUUGAGAGGAUGAGAUCAGUGCCAGAAUACUUGGGAAGAUCAGGCCUGGGGGCCAGGAACGGAAGUCACUGGAAGGGGAAAACAGGCCGGACUUAGGAGAGGACUACCCAAGAGAGUGACAGUUUAUGAGGCAGGAAAGGAUCCUGUGAAGGAACUGGCUCACACAGGUGGACUGGGAAGCGGAUGUGUUUUUAGAGGCUAACCUGGGCCGGGCACUGGAGUUGUCCCAAGCAGAAGCCUGACUUUAUUGGAGAGGCAGAGAAAGAAAAAGAGUCAAGAGCAUGCCUGCUCUCAGGCACUGACUAUCUUUUCUAUCUAACGGAAUUUAUAUGUUUGCCAAAAUUGUGCU